CUCUCGCCGCCGCUGUCCCCGGCCUCCGCCGCGGCGGCGGCGCUGGCGAACUCGAGGUGGAACCCGACCAAGGAGCAGGUGGCGGUGCUGGAGGGGCUGUACGAGCACGGCCUGCGCACCCCCAGCCAGGAGCAGAUCAAGCAGAUCACGGCCAGGCUGCUCGAGCACGGCCACAUCGAGGGCAAGAACGUCUUCUACUGGUUCCAGAACCACAAGGCCCGCCAGCGCCAGAAGCAGAAGCAGGACAGCUUCGCCUACUUCACCAGGCUCCUCCGCCGCCCGCCGCCGCUGCCCGUGCUCGUCAGCCCCCCCGGCCCGCCGCCGUACCCUCACGGCCGCUUCCCCGUCCCGGCGGCGCCCGCCAUGGCGACGAUGGCGCCCCCGCCGCCGCCCGCUGCUGCUGCUGCAUGCAACACCAGCACUGCCGGUGGCACGCAUGUGAUGUACAGGGCUUCUCCAUUCUACAUGCCACCUCCGCAGGCGCCGCCGGCCGGCGCCGCCUACUACCACACGGUGCAGGAGCAGCAGCAGCAGUGGCCAGUCAUGUACCCGAGGAUGGCGGUCGCCCAGGACAAGAUGAUCCCCGCCGCGGCGGCGCAGCAGCACCAGCAGCCGCCGAGCCACCCGGGCGCGGCCGCCGCGAGCUCCGCCGCUCCGCUGCACGUGGUCCACCUCCCGGCGGCGGACGCUGGGGGCCCCAGCCGCGAGACGCUGCAGCUGUUCCCGCUGCAGCCCACCUUCCUGCUGCCGGACAAGGGGCGCGCCGCCGGCACGUCGGCGUCGACGGCGUCCGCUUCUUUCUCGGAGGAGUCCGAGAGCCCGGGGAGCCUGGACUCGAACGGGAACGGCGAAGCGCCCGCGGUGCCCUUCUAUGACUUCUUCGGCCUCCAGUCCGGAGGCCGCUGAUAUGGGAGGGAGACGGUGAUCGGAGCUG